AUGCUGUGUCGUUCGCGUGCAUGGCAGCUAAAGCGCCCAUCGUAUCACGCACUGCGUGCCAUGAGCUCAUCAAAACUAAGUCUGGAGCAGCUUUUGAAGCGACAAAGUCUCAAAAGCUCGCGAGUGCUAGUGCGCGCCGACUUGAAUGUACCGCUAAUGAAAAAUACGAAGCCCGCUACCAUCACAGACGACACACGGAUCCGGACUGUGCUCCCUACGCUCAAGCUACUUCAAGAAACAGGAGCACGAAUUGUGCUGUGCUCGCAUCUGGGUCGUCCUGGCGGAGAGGUCAAUGAUGAUCUUCGCCUUACGCCUGUGGCUGCUCGCCUUGGUGAGCUGUUGGGAACCCCUGUCAAGAAGCUGGACAACUGUAUUGGGCCUGAGGUCGACGAUGAAAUCAAUGCUUUACAAGACGGUGAGAUCGUUCUUCUCGAAAAUGUCCGCUUUUACAAACAGGAGACAAAGAACGAUUCAAAGUUUGCUAAACAAUUGGCCCACGAUGCAGAUAUUUACGUGAAUGAUGCAUUUGGCACAGCCCACCGCGCUCACGCCUCGACAGAAGGUGUCACAAAGUACAUCGAUACCAAUGUGGCUGGUUUUCUCAUGGAGAAAGAGCUAAAAUACCUAAUUGGUGCUGUUGAUGCCCCUAUUCGGCCGCUUGGUGCCAUUAUUGGUGGUGCCAAGGUAUCUACUAAGAUUCCUGUGCUCAAGUCAUUGUUGCAGAAAUGUGAUAAAGUCUUGAUCGGCGGUGGUAUGAUGUUUACGUUUUACAAGGCUCAAGGUCUAAACGUCGGUAAGUCCAUUAUUGAAGAAGACAAGGUCGAACUUGCCAAGGAGAUUCUAGACGAAGCAAGUCAGCGUGGUGUGCAAAUUGUGCUUCCUACUGAUGUUGUAGUUGCCGACAAGUUUGAUGCGAAAGCCCAGUCAAAAAUCGUACGCGCUAAUGCGAUUCCUGCUGAUUGGUUGGGUCUAGAUAUUGGCCCACAGUCAUUAACGACGUUUGCUGAAGAGAUUAAGAAAUGCAAAACUGUCGUUUGGAAUGGUCCUAUGGGCGUGUUUGAGUUCUCUGAGUUUGCCAAAGGCACAUUUGGUGUAGCCGAAGCUCUUGCGGAAAGCACAGACUGUGGCAUCACAACUAUUGUUGGUGGCGGCGACUCGGUAGCUGCAGUCGAGCAAGCAGGUUUGGGCUCAAAGAUGAGUCACAUUUCUACGGGUGGUGGUGCCAGCUUAGAACUACUUGAGGGCAAAAAUCUUCCAGGUGUCGCCGCUCUAAAUGAUGCUUAG